CCGAUAACUACACCAUUGACUCGAACGAUAUUCAUCUUCAUGGCAUGUCAGAUCCAAGGGAUCAAUUACCUCGCAUCGUUAAGAGUGCUCGGAAAGUCACUGAUCCGGGGCUCGACAAUGUGGCUACAAGACCAAGGACUGCCAUAAAGACUGUCGCCGAUGAGACAAGGCCAGACAAUCAUCUCAUAGCAAAAACUCCUGCGACGUUCAGAUCUGCAACUAAUCUGAGGCUCGAUAAUCCUGCAAUUAGACCAAGGAGUGUUGCGGCAAAAACUGUCGCUAAUGCCGGGCCAGACCACCGUCUCAGAAAAGUGCCCGCUUUCAAAUCUGCAAUCGCUGACGCAAGGAUCGAUGCUCGUCCUAGAGAACAAGAGUUGAAUGAGAGACCAGUCAGUAGAAAUCAACCACGACCUGAUGCUACUCGAAAUGUGGCUAGUCAUGAAUCCCUGCAGCAAACCGAUGUUUCUGCCAGGGGUCCAAAGAGAGUUACUUUCAAUAUCGAAGACUUUCCACUGCCCGUGGAGCGGCGUCCUGUCGCCCGUACUAGGGUUGUGCAGAACUCUGGACGGUUCAAUCCAAGUCUUAAUUCAUCCGGGGCUCAAGAGAGAAGAGCGUCUCUUCCAUCCAAAUCAGCUUCGUUCUUUCCUGAAAGAUCUUCCCGACCUGGUGCUGGAGGGACAUCGGCGGCAGAUGUCCCACGCAAGGGUCGUGGUAGACAGUCAACCAAUAAUUCACUUGACCAACGUCGUGCCACUAAAUCGCAACAAAUGCGCCUUCACAUGCAUACGGAAUCACAUUCUGCAAAAUAUGCGCGAAAGUUUGAGGGUGUAGGUAGUAGGACAGGUUCACGCGUGCCUCGCAUGUCCAGCGCAAACAGGGAUGCCAGUCAGGACCAUCUUGUUAACAGCACGAGUGAACGUAGCAGCGGGAGUGCGAACUAUGUCGAUAUCGGCUUAAAGCUCGUCAGAGAGACCGAUGCCCGGGUGAAAGCAGCGAGAAAAUUUCAAUUUGGACGCAAAUCAACAAAGGCUCGGCCCGAGAUACAACGUUCCGCCACUCCCGCGAGUUCCCACAGCAGCGAACGAUCUGAUGACGACGACCCAGAAUCUGCGACCCCCGUGGCUACGCGCGAAGAUAGCGAGGAACUGGAAUACGUGGAUCUUGGUAUUCCCCCUCACAACAUUGCAAGAAAGCAAACCGAAUCGUCCUCCGAAUCAGAUGUCGCAGAAGAGGAUGAAACACCUGCGGACAUACCCUCAGAUACCCUUAUCCAAGCUUUGGAAAACAUUUCGCUGACGACCAUCCGGCUCGCAAGAUUACACCGCCUUCCCUUUAUGCUACGCAACCUCCGCAAAGGAUUUCUCAGUCGAUGCAAGUCCCUUGGAAUUGAUCCGUCUCGUAGUAUUCCACCUCCCAAACCCAUUACGGUCGUAUACAACUGCAUAGCGCAAACCGCCGAAGAUAGAUAUCUCGAACAACAAGAGACUCGGACGACAAUGGCAGAUUGGAGAUGUCCACUUUGCGAUCUUCAUGGAAUAUUUCCCGUUCAGCAAAUGCUCAUCGCUCAUCUCCAGUGGGACCAUUCAGGAGUGGGUUUCUGGUGGGAUAUGGAUGACUAUACCCUAUGGAUACGGCUUCCGCUAACAGGACAUGUUGCAUUACCAGUUGCAUUGCCUGUGCGUGCUCCAUUAUUCCCUCAUUCACGUGCGAUGACGACACCUUCGACAAGGACUGCUUCGACAGAGAUAACCGACUUCUCAUCGAAUAUUCACGAUGACGAAUACACUCCAGCGACUACGCAGUCUCCAUCACGAAAUACAUCUGUGUCAUCUCAACCUUUUACUGACGCUGAUUCACUUGACAUCAAACCAAAGCAGCAGCAUAUCCAGACACUUCGUGUGGGUUCAGCGGCAUUGUCAACUACGCGCAGUAGUUCUGUAACAUCUCGCACGAUGUCUCGCGCAUCCUCCAUUCAUGCUUCUGGAAAGCCAACACCCCCUCCCCAAUCUGAUCCUCUUGGGCCCGCAGCGCAGUAUCCUUACCUCCUCAAGUCCGACGGCAUCUAUUCAUGCCGCGUGGGCGGCCCCAGGCUAUACGAUCUUCUAAACACACUACCAUUAGAUGAGUUUGGUGUCCUCGCAUGGGUCAUCCUCGAUAGAGAAGAAGAAAUCUUCGAGAUAGACGACGUAAGAGAUGAAGACAAGGUCAUGCAGGCGCUUUGGUUCCGCUGGAUAUUUCUCAAUCGGAACAAAUUCGUCGCAGAUUUCUUCAGAGGAACAAAGACGUUCAUCAACGACAAUUGGCAAAUGAUUGAUCGAGCUGCUGGACUUGCUGCGUUAAGGACGUGGCUUCUCGUUCUCAACAUCAACAACUUCUUGGUGACUUCGGAUGUCGUGUCACUCUUGCGCCAUUAUCGAGGUGUGACAGGUAGGACACAUUGGUAUGAUGAUAACCACGCAGCCCAGAAUGAGGUUGCGCCUGUAUGAUAUCUGGAUACACGAUACCUUGAAAUCUGAUGAUCGAUCAUCAUUGGUGCGGUGGCGUCGAAGAACGGGCCACAGAACGGGCCACAGAUAUUGUUCAGUUACAACGGAGCUCCACUGUGCUCAG